UGGGUGAUUAAAAAAACAAACCUGAGUUCCUCUAAAUGUCCUGUGAGCAUGUGUUUUUUACACUGGAAAAAAGGGGGAGUCGUUUAUUGGCAGAGGGGGAGGGGCUAGACAGCAGGCAUAUUGCAUUCCACGUAGCAGAUUUAAUAAGUGCUGUCUGUGAUGUUUGGCAAGCCUGGUUUAUAUCCAUCUACAAGGUUUGCGAACCCAUGUUGCCGAUUCUUUUCUGCUACAGAUCAACUCCCUUGGUACAACCAAAAAGACCAGUGUUUACUUUUCAUUGAAAGGCAGGCCUGGAACUCCUGAGUUUAAAUAAUCCUCCUGUCUUAGCUUCUGGAAGAGGGAGCUGGGACUACAGUGGAAGUAUAACUUUAAGUGCCCUUUUUCCAAGGUUCAGAUUGCUGUCUCUAAAAUUGGUAGCACCUGAAAAGGAAUCUGGAAGGAAACACCUUUGGAAAGGUGAGAGGAAAACCAAGAGUGUGUGUUAUCCUGGAAUCCUAUUGAGAAUGGAACAUGCUUGGUAUACUGGCAGAUGAAGAAUUUAAGGAGAGUGUCUAUCUUGUUCUCCUUGGUAACUGAAUCUACUCUGAGAACAUUAAGGCACCAUGGGAAAGCGGGAUAACCGGGUGGCCUACAUGAAUCCUAUAGCAAUGGCCAGAUGGAGGGGCCCAACUCAAUCUGCAGGCCCAACAAUACAAGAUUAUCUGAAUCGACCAAGGCCCACCUGGGAAGAAGUGAAGAAACAAUUAGAAAACAAAAAGAAAGGCUCCAAGGCCUUAGCUGAAUUUGAAGAAAAAAUGAAUGAAAGUUGGAAGAAAGAGCUUGAAAAAAGCAGAGAGAAAUUAUUAAGUGGAAGUGAGAGUUCAACCAAAAAGAGAGAAAAAAAGAAAAAGAAAAAGAAGAAAUCUUGUCAGUUGUCAUCAUCUUCAUCAAGUGCUGAUUCUUCAAGCAGUUCUUCAGAUUCAGAAAAUGAAGAAAAGAAGCCAGGAAAAAAGAGAAAGAAAAAGAAGAACCGCUCACACAAAUCAUCAGAAUGCUCAACAUCUGCACCAGAAUCAGAGAGCAAGGAAUCUGUAAAAAAGAAAAAGAAGUCAAAGGUAGAAAUAAGGAAAGAAAAGUGUAUUAGAAGUCUCAGCAAAAAGAGAAAGAAAACUUAUCCUGAGGAUAAACCAUCUUCAUCUGAGUCUUCAUCAGAAUCAGAUCAUGAAGAGGAAGUACAAGCAAAAAAGAAGAGAAAGUGUGAAGAGAAAGAAAAAGCAAUAGAAAAAGUAAAGAAGAAAAAGAAACAACAUAAGAAACAUAGUAAAAAGAAAAAAAAGAAGUCUGGUUCAAGUCACAAGUCAGGAUAACAUCAAGGAAAAAAAGCAAGCAUUCAUUCAUAUUUUAAAAAAAUAGCAAAGUCUGAAGGAAACUUCAACUGUGAAAGUUAGGGCAUAUUUACCAAAAUGCAUGAGUUUCCCUGUGUUAGUAGAGUUAUUCUUGGACUUUGAGUUGCCAUUCAAAUGCCACUGUGCCGGAAGAGGCCAUACUUGUUGCCUGCAGCUUAAAUAUUUUGUUUUGUUUGUCUUUCAUCCUGGUGGUCAUUCCUCUGGGAGCUAAAACUCUGUUGUCAUAUUAAUGGUUAUAAUUAGAAUUAAAGUAAAAUAUUUUAGAUAAUGAGUAAUCCUGACCGAAAAAGCAUAUCUAAGGUCAAAUAUAUCUGAUUUAUACACAUCUUUAAAAUAUAAGUAGAAACAUCAUAACAAUAUAGUUAACAUUUUUGAAAGAAGGACUUAAUAUUGAUGUCUCAAAAUCCUUAUUUUGUAGAUGUUUAGUUUAUUUUACUGUUUAUUCUUCAGUAAAUUUUUCUUUACAGGGAGAAAGGGCUUGCAGCGAGCAAUGGGGGAGAGUGUUUGCUACUCUGGCUAGCUGAAUAGUGUGCCUUUGAUCCUUAACAUCCUAUUUUUGCCAGUGUAGCAGCCAUUUUUUCUUAAUGAAAUUCUGGGAUGUUCUUGUAUGCUGCUUCAGGUUAACAAAACAGACAGCAGGUUACAGCAUAAGUAAACCCCCAAGACUAUGACAUUUACCUCUUUAGCAUUAGAAUAUUACAUAGAUUGAAUUAACUUUGAUACCUACCAGAAGGGAAUCAUUUUAAACAGUUCCUGGUAUUUUUUGAUUAAUAAAAUUCUGAAAAUUUUUUGCAUAUUUUGUACAGUUAAGUUUUAAUUAUCUAGUGAUAUUCUUUAUAACUAAUGAUUCUUUUUAAAUAUGAUUUAUGCUUAGGGUAUGAAAUUAAAGUUUGUAGUUUCAUAAUCUUGGUAUAUUAAUUUCAUUACUCUGUGUUUAAUUGCACACUUGCCAAAACAUUUAAUAUGUAAAAAGAAGGUUUUUAAAACAUAUUUAAUGCCUUCAUAUUGAAGCUGGUUUACUAUAAGCAAGUUGAGUGCCAGACCUCUAGUACGCUGUGUAUCUUGUUACAUAAAACUACUGCCAAAAUCUUAGUAAGUAUGAUGUUUAAAAAUUUGUUGUCAUAAGCAUUUAUAUUGAAUUAAAAUAGGAGUUAAAUUCAUGUGAUAAUGAUAUCCUUUAUCUUCCUGUGCCCAUAUUUUACUAAGAUUUGGUGCCUUGUGUCUGUUGCUGUUUCAUGUUUACCACUAAUGUUGAAAACCUAUUUUUACUUUACAUUUUUAUAUAUCAGAGUAACAUAAAUUAUACAUUUAUGUCUCAAAAAUACCUAUUGCAGAGGAUAUACCAAUUAUAAUGUCCUAGGUACAAAAUAUGUUGAUAUGAUGAGAGGCUCAGUAGCUAUUUUUCAAUAGCUGAUUUCAUUUUGGCUUUAUUUAAAUCACAAAAUUAUAAAGAUAGAAAACAUAUAAUUGAUAAAUAACAUAUUGGCUCUCAAAAUUUUUGCAUUAACAUUACCAGAAUCUAUCAGUAAGGUUGUUGGAGCAUUAUAGUAAUGCCAUGUUAGGUUACCUUGGAGCUUCGUAACUUUAGCUGUUUCUUAAAAAUAUAUCUAUAUGUAUAUGCUGAUAAAAACUAUUACAUUUAAGGGAUAUUUUGUAUCCAUAUAGAGUUUUUCAAGAUUAUUAUUCAUUAAAAUGUUUCUUAAAAGCUUAUAUUAUUUGUAGAAUAUGGUGAAGACAUCUGCAGUUCAUCAUUGUGUGCUCCUGUUCACUUUUCAGACCCUUGUAGUUAGGUGAUGUCAUUUGACUACUUCUGGCAGAGGGAUUGAAAACAGAAGUGAUGUAUCAUUUCCAUACUGGAACAGUUAAAAGUCCUGCAUGACCCUCCAGCUCUCUCUUUACCUGCCACCAUGACCUGAAGGCAAUGAUACCUACCUUCAGAUGGACAAAAGCUGUAUCUUUAUGUCCUUGUUUAGAAGCAUCCUUCCCUGAAAAGCUGAUGGAUUUGCAGUGGACUUUUUUGAGAGUAAAAAAUAAAUAGUUAUGUGUUAAGACACUGAGAUUUUGGAUCAGAUUUUAUUGCUGCAGCAUCACCUAAACUAAUCUAACCAGUAAAAUAACUUUGAAAUGUCUCUUCAUUGUUAACAUUAAAAGAACUCAUCUUUUAUCACA